AGGCAGAGUACAGUGCGCGCGCACUCUGAAUCGGAGCCACCGCUCCACGAGACAGAUCGACCCUGAAACUGAAACCAUCCUCCAUGGAAAAAACAAACGGAAAGCAAGGCCUCCACACUCUCAUCCCCUAGUCUUCUUCCUCGUUAGUCUCAGUCUCCCCAUUGUCACACAGAGAUGAGGACCACGACGCCUCUCAUGGCGCUGCUGCUCCUGAUGCUGUCUCUGGCGGCCGCAGCGACAGGGAUGCCAAUCGCGUCCUCCUCCGGGCAGAUCAGAAGCGAGGAGGAGACGCGGCGGAUGUACGCGGAGUGGACGGCGCAGCACGGCAGCCCCAUCACCAAUGAGGAGGAGGGAAGGUACGAGGCGUUCAGGGACAACCUGCGGUACAUCGACGAGCACAACGCCGCCGCAGACGCCGGGAUCCACUCCUUCCGCCUCGGCCUCAACCGCUUCGCCGGCCUCACCAACGAGGAGUACCGCGCCGCCUACCUCGGGCUCAGGCUCCGGAGCGGGGCGGUGGGGGAUCUGAGGAAGCCGAGCGCCCGGUACGAGGCGGCUGACGGCGAGGCGCUGCCGGAGUCCGUGGACUGGAGGGAGAAGGGGGCGGUUGGGAAGGUCAAGGACCAGGGCCGCAGCUGUGGGAGCGCAUGGGCUUUCUCGGCAAUUGCAGCUGUGGAAAGCAUCAACCAGAUUGUUACAGGCGAAUUGAUCUCUCUGUCCGAGCAAGAGCUGAUGGACUGUGACACCUCAUAUAACGCGGGGUGCGAUGGAGGCCUGAUGGACGAUGCGUUUGAGUUCAUCAUUAGCAAUGGUGGAAUCGACACCGAUGAGGACUACCCUUACAAGGCGAGGAAUGACAGUUGCGAUGCUAACAAGAGGAACAGGAAGGCUGUUACAAUAGAUGACUAUGAGGACUUACGCAUGAACGAAAAGAGCCUGCAGAAGGCAGUUUCAAACCAGCCUGUCAGUGUUGCAAUUGAAGCUGGUGGCAGAGACUUCCAACUCUACAAAUCGGGUAUCUUCACGGGAACAUGUGGAACAGAUCUUGACCAUGCUACCACCAUCGUUGGCUAUGGCUCAGAAAACGGCACGGACUACUGGAUUGUGAAGGAAUCUUAUGGCACCAGCUGGGGUGAAUCUGGCUAUGCCCGGAUGGAGCGCAACAUCAAGGAAACCAGUGGCAAAUGUGGCAUCGCCAUGCUGCCUUCCUACCCUGUCAAGAACACUGUCCCAACGUUUUGAUGCUCCAUCAACAGGGUGAGAGGAGCAGCGCGUAAACACUGCAGUCAACGACCACGGUGAUUAACUUCUGCUAAUGGUCACCUUGUAACCAAAGAACAACGAUGGCGGAGCGUGACCAUUUUCUAUACAUGCUCAAGUAUCUCCUUUGUAGAUAAGAUGAUCAUGUACAUCUAUGUAAAAAUGGAUUCAGUUGUUAAAGAGAACAGAUAAAUUUGCUUUUACAUGUGUACAUGUAUGUUAAAUUCAGCUCCUUUCCUUUCUGUCUGAAACUGGUAGCGUGCAAUUUUCAUUACAGAGAUUAAUAGAGGAACAAUAUACGCAGAUUGCAA